AUGAAGAGCGAAGAGCUGGCGGUGACCAUGGAAGAGACCUGUGGGCAGGAGGAUGCGGCGGUGGCGCACGGUGACGCUCUCCCCGGCCUGGCGCCGGCGCCUCCCGGCCGCCUGGGGGCGCCAUAUUCCGAGGCCUGGGGGUACUUCCACCUGGCCCCGGCGCGCCCGGGACAGCCGUCGGGCUACUGGGCCACCUGCCGGCUGUGCGGGGAGCAGGUGAGCCGAAGCCCGGGCUUCCGCGCGGGCACCCCGGCGCUGUGGAGGCACCUGAAGAGCGCGCACCGGCGGGAGCUGGAGGAGAGCGCCGCUCGCCACUCCCCGCCCCCCGGCCCCGGCCCCGGCCCCGGCCCCGCCGCGGCUGCGGAGGGCGACUGGGCGCGCCUGCUGGAGCAGAUGGGCGCGCUGGCCGUGCGGGGAAGCCUGCGAGAGCGCGAGCUGGCGCGGCGCGAGGCGGCCGUGGAGCAAGGCGAGCGCGUCCUGGAGCGGAGGCGCCGGGCCCUGCAGGAGGAGGAGCGCGCGGCGGCCCAGGCGCGGCGGGAGCUGCAGGCCGAGAGGGAGGCGCUGCAGGCGCGGCUGCGGGAAGUGAGCCGUCGCGAAGGCGCCUUGGUCGCGGCCCCGCUGCAGACUCCGCUCAAAGAGGAGCCCGAGGGGAAGAGGGACGGCUACAUUAUCACUAAAGUCCACCUGUAGGUUUGGGCCGUUUCCCCGGCCCCACGCCCGCGCUACUCCCAAGUGCGGUCGGCGGACCAGCGUCUUCAGCCUCACCUGGGAGCGGAGUCAGGCCCGCGGCCUGCGGGGGAAUUGGAAUCUCCAAUGGAGGGGCUUGAAAAGCGCUUCGGAAGCCUGAGCAGAACCAAAAGUCAUUUCGACCCUGCGGCCACCUAGGGAGCCUGGGAGCAAGCUCCAGCAGCCCGCUUUGCUGUUGGCGUUUAGUUGGCGUCCGUGCUGGGAGCAGUUUCCCUCCAAAUGCCUUU